AUGUCGCUGGCGCUGACAUGGUCGAUGAGCUUGGGGCUCACCUGCAGCUUCAUGCUCGUCGUGUAUCACUCGCACUUCCUGCUGCACCUCGGACCUGGCAUGACCCUCCUGCUCAUGCUCUGCUUCCUCGCCUCAGUAACCCUCUUGCUCUUGUUGAACCUGUGGUUCAUGGCUGGACAGCCUUACGUGCUCGAGUUCAUCGCGUACUUCGAACCAAGUUCGCGGGCGAUGGAAUGGCUGCAUGAGAAGCUGUUCGGGAUAUCAAAGACAAGGUUGGCCAACGCAUACCGGGUCUCAUCCCACAAGGGAUCUCGCGACGCAGACAGCAAGAAGUACGUGCAGCUUGUGGUUCCAAGGAGGACUUGUCCCUAUCCUCUAUCCCUCGGUGGCCUCGUUCACUUCUUGUUCUUCAAUGCAGAAGAUCCCUUUGAUCCCGAACAAGCCAUCGUGCAAAUCAUGCGGUCUAUCAUGUUUCUCUCUCUGAUCGUCUUGGUGGUUCAAACCUCAGUAGUUGGUCGUAUCUUUCACUCGAAAGCUAUAUACGAGAACGCCAUUGCGUAUCAGAAUCAUGGUGACAUAGAUCAGGCUAUCCAACAGUACAUCACUCUGAUCAAGCAAGACCCUUCUUUCAACCCUCAUGUGCUCGCAGUACAUCAGUCCUACCUAUUCCUCCAACACCGAUGGGCUGCGGCUGCAUACCUCGUAGCAGCAACCUUUCACGUCAAUGGCGAUCUACGAAAUGCGGCGAAGUACUACAAGCAGGUGGUUCCAGACUUCAUGUGA